AUGCAAUCAUCAUCUCAGCCAGUUUUAAGACCACCAAACACUGGCCAAUCUUCACCUCAGCUAGUUACAAGCCAACAUAGAAGAUAUAAAUCUCCUGCAAAGAGGAUUAGACCACCCAAAACUGGCCAACCUUCACCUCAGCUAGUUUCAAGCCACGGUAUCAAAUUUAAAUCUCCUGCAAAGAAGGCUAGACCUUGA